AUGUCUGACUUCUCUAGCCUAACGGGCAAAUUUCGGAUCCGCAAGGAGGCUGGUGGCGCCUCUAGGCGGCCCCGUGAAUCUCAAGCGUGCACCCAGUGCCGCAAGGCAAAACUUCGCUGUGAUCUUCAAAGACCGUGUGGCUCAUGUAUGAGGAAAGAUGAGACUGCCCUUUGCUCAUAUCAACGUACUUUGACUGGACCCAACCAGUCCGACACGGCAGAAGAUCGACUUGCACAUUUGGAGUCAUUGGUCAAGGGUCUAAUGCAAGACUCAACAUCUGCUUCAUCUAAGCCAUCUGUCGACCACACAAUACCUCUCCUCGAAGGUCAAUCAAAUGAUUGCGAUCCACGAGUAUCAUUUCAGGCUACAGAUGGCGAAAAUAGAGCUCGAUAUGUUGGCUCCACCCAUUGGUCUGCAAUACUUGAUGAUAUUCAAGGGUUGAGAGCCGCUUUAAGCCAACAAGAUGACUCUCCCGAGCCCGACCCAGCUAGUAGGUCAUCGGCAAUUCCGGCCAUCGGCAGGGAUAUGAUUAUAUUCGGGUCUUCGAGUAAUUACUCCAUGGAAACGAUCAUUUCGCAAUACUUGCCUCCAAAGAUAGAGGUCGACCGGCUACUCGCAAUCUACUUCCAAGGAGAAACGUUCAUCAUUCCUUUCAUCCAUACAUUUCAGUUCCAGCGGCAGUAUCGUGCAUUCUGGGAAGAUCCGAUAGAUUCAAAUCCUCUGUGGUUGUCAAUGCUCUUCUCUAUUUGUUCAGCGGCUAGUAUGGUUCGCGGGACCAUUGGAAUUGCCCCGACGACACAAGAAGAUACCAUUGCUGAAGUCUCCCACUUCCAGGAAGCAGCAGGAAAAUGCCUUGUCAAAGGGGAAUACCAUCGCCCGCAACGAUAUGUGCUUGAAGCAUUAACUCUUUAUGCUCACUGUAUCAACAUGCAAAGUCUUGAUCCGUCCCGGGAAGUCGGUGCUAUCUUUGGCAUGAUUGUGCGAAUGGCAUAUGAGAUGGGAUAUCACCGAGAUCCAGAUUCUCUAGGAUCUGGAUCUAUUAUGAGUGUAUUUGAAGGGGAAAUGCGUCGUCGUUUCUGGGCUCUUUGUAUACAGAUUGAUCUCAUGGUUUCUUUUCAACUGGGUCUUCCUAGCAAUAUCUGUCCUGAGAACUGUGACACGCGCUCACCGAGGAACCUGUCAGACUCCGACUUCGACGAGGACACUCAGAUCCUACCCCCAUCUCGCUCCGAAACUGAAGCCAUUGGUCUGUUGUGGUUUAUCGUUAAGGAUCGUCAAAUGGUCAGCUUUGGAAAGGUAUGUCGAGAUACGCUGAGCUUUACGGAGAAAUCCGAAACCGAGAUCCUGCAACUUGACGGCGAAAUUCGACGCAUGUACACAACUAUUCCGGAAAUUUUACGAACUCGCCCUUUAGCAGACUCGAUCUCAGAUCCACCAUUUCUCGUGAUGACCCGCAUCUACGUAGAAUUCAUCUAUCUGAAGAGCCUGUGUGUCUUCCAUCGCAAGUACAUGACAAGAGGUAACCUGUUUAGUACUAGAUCCUGCGUGGAAGCGGGCCAGCGACUAGUCAGCCAGUUCAUCGAUAUAUACCGAGAGUUUUCAUCUGGCGGUCAACUCCAUCGAGAACGGUGGAUGCUCACUAAUUUCACGAUGAACGACUUUUUAUUGGGGGCCAUGGUGCUUUGUUUGGCAAUUCAUAUUCGCAGAAAGAACUUGGAACCCGGUCAAUCGGUCAUUGAUCCUACGACUGCAGAUUCAAUUCUGUCCCUUUUGAGCCAGGCCCAUGCCAUCUGUAUUGAAAAGUCUCUCGCCAGUCGAGAUGCGCGGUAUGUCGCACAGGCGAUCAUGGCGACUUUGAACAAGCAAAAUCAAGAAUCGACCUCGACAGAGGCCAAAUCACGAGCCCCGCCUUCCAUGUCGCACAGUGAGGGUGAUCCAUUCUACCUCGGUUGGUUGGACCCUUUUCAAGCAGGUGAUGAAGGCGUGGCUUUAGAUUGGAGUUGGUUGGACUGGAACCCGAUGGAGGUGGUGGAGAUCACACGCUAG